UCAUAUCCCCCCUCCUCUCUCCUCCAUUUCUAUCCUCUCUCUCUCGAUCUCGAUCCAGAUCUCUACAUCGUCUGCGCUCGCCAUGAGAGAGAUCCUUCACGUUCAAGGCGGCCAAUGCGGCAACCAGAUCGGAUCCAAGUUCUGGGAGGUCAUCUGCGACGAGCACGGCAUCGAUUCUACCGGCCGAUACAGCGGAGACUCAGCCGAUCUCCAGCUCGAGCGUAUCAACGUCUACUACAAUGAGGCCUCCGGUGGAAGAUACGUGCCACGCGCAGUCCUCAUGGAUCUCGAGCCUGGCACCAUGGACAGCAUCAGAUCCGGUCCCUACGGUCAGAUCUUUCGUCCAGACAACUUCGUCUUCGGACAGUCCGGCGCCGGUAACAACUGGGCCAAGGGUCAUUAUACCGAAGGCGCCGAACUUAUCGAUUCCGUUCUCGAUGUUGUUCGUAAGGAGGCUGAGAACUGCGACUGCUUGCAAGGUUUUCAGGUGUGCCAUUCGCUCGGAGGAGGCACUGGUUCUGGAAUGGGGACUCUUCUGAUAUCAAAGAUCAGAGAGGAAUACCCAGACAGGAUGAUGCUCACAUUCUCUGUUUUCCCAUCGCCAAAGGUCUCCGACACAGUUGUGGAGCCAUACAAUGCCACACUCUCUGUCCACCAGCUCGUGGAGAAUGCCGAUGAAUGCAUGGUCCUCGACAAUGAAGCUCUCUAUGACAUCUGCUUCCGCACCCUCAAACUCAGCACUCCUAGCUUUGGAGACUUGAACCACUUGAUAUCAGCAACUAUGAGUGGGGUGACAUGCUCUCUUAGGUUCCCAGGACAACUGAACUCAGACCUGAGGAAACUGGCAGUGAACCUGAUCCCAUUCCCUCGUCUCCACUUCUUCAUGGUCGGGUUUGCUCCCUUAACCUCCCGUGGCUCCCAACACUACAUCUCCCUCACUGUCCCAGAACUCACCCAGCAAAUGUGGGACUCCAAGAACAUGAUGUGUGCCGCUGAUCCACGCCAUGGCCGCUACCUCACGGCCUCUGCCAUGUUCAGGGGAAAGAUGAGCACGAAGGAAGUGGACGAGCAGAUACUAAACGUACAGAACAAGAACUCGUCAUACUUUGUGGAGUGGAUACCAAACAACGUGAAAUCGAGCGUAUGUGACAUACCGCCGAAGGGGAUAAAGAUGGCGUCGACGUUUGUGGGGAACUCGACAUCGAUACAGGAGAUGUUCAGGAGGGUGAGCGAACAGUUCACGGCUAUGUUCAGGAGAAAGGCGUUUCUGCAUUGGUACACGGGCGAAGGAAUGGACGAGAUGGAAUUCACGGAGGCAGAGAGCAAUAUGAAUGAUCUUGUGGCUGAGUACCAGCAGUAUCAGGACGCCACUGCUGACGAGGAAGGUGAGUACGAGGAUGAAGAGGAUGGAUACGAAGCUGCUUGAUCCGAGGAUGAGAUUUAAAAAAAAAAAAACAUUUGUGUGGUAUGUCUCUCUCUCUCUUUUUUUGGCGUUUUGUUCUAUUGACGCACUUAGAUCUCUGGCCUUCUUUAUAUUUGCCGACUAUAUAUACAUAUUUGUAUGUAUGCAUGUAUUUGUCACUGUUGAAUUGGUGCGAUAUGGAAUUUUUGUUUGUGUGUGAUGUUUUU